UUUUGACGUUUGUGUGUGUCACCUCGAAACUUCACAAUUAUUUUCUGUUAUGUGGAUUGCCAAUUUUGUUGAUUUUUAUUCAACAAGAUUCGUCAUCGUCUGUGAAAACUUUGCUUUCCAAUAGAAACUUAAAACGUAAAAUUCACAGGCAUUAUGGCAGAUCCAAAGUUUGAGAACUUACCAGGCAUCGCCUACGACCAGCCCGAUGUUUAUGAAACCCCAGAUGUAGAAGCCGAGACUUCUGACUACUAUGAGGAAGAGCCCAGCACCGAGUUCAUUCAAUACAUUCAUAUUUUAAAACAAGACUCUUUUGGCAAGUUCAAGGGCAAGCAAUUUGAGAGCCGUGAGGACUUCUCCGAUCGCAUCGACAAGAAAUAUCGCAAAGGCUAUGAGACUAUGUGCACAGACUACGACAGAGAAAAGGAAACGCCUGUAGAGAAAUGUCGUCGUCUACAAUCCGAAAUGAAUGAUCUACUUGAAGAAUUGGAUUCGAUGAGAAAUGAAAAGAAGGUCGAUCAAGAGGAGAGAGAGUCGUACGAUGCAGUUGCUACUAUUAUAUCAACCGCAAAGAAAGUUAUCGAUUCGCUGCGAUUGGAGCAGGUUCUUGGCCAAGAGCAUGCUGGUGCUGGUAGUCCUGAAGUCGAUAAACUAAUCAAACAAGUUGAAGAAUACAAGACGUCGGGUGUUCUUACAGCCUAUAAGCUCCCGAAUGUUGAUUUAGCUGCGUCUGCCCGUGUGGCAAAAUUGGAACAUCGUUUGCAUGAAUUGGAAAAGGCUGUUGGUGUCAACCCGGAGAAACUAAGCCGGCUAGCUGUUAGUACCGGUACUUCGAAUCUAAUUGAAGCCGUACGCCAAUUGAGUACCAAAGCAGCUCUGCUUCAACCCAAUCAGCUUAGUCAGAUCGAGACGCGUCUUGUUAAUUUGGCCGGUAAAAUGGAUGCAGUCGCAGAGAAAUCCAGUGGUUCGGCUGAUGAUGCUAAGAGAGAUCAAAAAGUUUGCGAAUUGUAUGACAUUGCUAAGAGAACCGAAGGUAUUGCUGAAAUUCUGCCUGAUAUCAUCGAGCGCAUGCAGGCAUUAGAAUCUCUUCAUAAAUAUGCUAUGAACUUUGCUAAAAUCAUCGCUGAAGUUGAGGAAACUCAAAGUUCCAUUUGCCGAAGCUUGGCGAAUAAUAAAACCUUGCUGACCUCUGUGCAGGAAACAUUCGCAAAUAAUUUGGAAAAUGUCAACAAGGAAGUCAAUAAGUUAGAGACGCGUAUCAAUGCUAUUCAAAUUCCAAAGUAGACUAUGGACACCUUUGAUCUCGAUGGAUUGAUUCAUUAAUUUAAAGUUGUCAUGUUCGCAUUAAAUAGAAUAUUUUUAUGAAAUUGUAUUAUUCGUUUAUAAAACAAAUAUUUUAAUUUUUCUCUUAAAAAAACAAAUAACAUACUCAUAAACCAUGCAAAGCGAAUAAAUUGUAUUUAAAAUGUA